AAUUAAAUUCUCUCUUCGGGAAUAUAUUUUCGGUUGUGCCACGUGUUCACAAAUUUGCUAAAAUUUGAUAUAUAUUUAAAUUUUUGCUGAUUUCAAAAUUUUUUAAGGUUUUUUUUUUCUUUUUUCACGAGUGUUUGAAAUGUCUACUUUUGUGAUUUAAUAUUUGUCUGUGUGAGUUUUAUUUUGAAAAAUUUUCUUCGAAAUCGAGCACAAAUUUUUAUUGUUAACGAGUGUGAUCGACAGGCAAGAGGAUGUGUUCUUAUAAUCAAACACGUAAAAGGCGAUAGAACUAUUGCUUCGCAGGAUUUUUCCAGAUUUCAGUCACAAUGGAAAUGAAGAAUAAUUAUUAUAAUUCAACAAUAAUGUGACAACAAGAAGAAGAAAACAAACAAGAAUAUUCAUUUGACGACAUUAAAAAAAUUGAAACAGAAAUAAAUUUUCUUUGAUAAUAAAAUAAUUAUUAAAAUUAAAGAAAAAAAUAACUAGAAACAUAUGAAAAAUAAUAUAAAAGAUGACUGUCGAUAAAAUUGAUACAUCACGACAAUUUGUCAAAGUUGAAGGUAGAGAUUUCGAACCAUCGGAAAAAUGGAGAAUAUUAAAAAAUAUUUUAAUGAUCGGAUUUGCAUUCAUGAUACACUUCACUGCCUUUAUGGGGGCGAGUAACCUUCAAAGCUCGAUCAAUGCAGAUGAAUCUUUAGGGACAUUCACUUUAGCUUCCAUUUAUGGCAGCCUUAUUUUCAGCAAUAUUUUCCUGCCAGUGGUUCUAAUAAGUUGGUUAGGAUGCAAGUGGACAAUUUCAUUGACCUUCAUUGCAUACAUGCCAUUCAUUGCUGCUCAGUUCUACCCUAGAUUUUAUACGAUGAUUCCUGCGGGAUUAGCAGUCGGUCUUGGAGGAGGGCCACUUUGGUGUGCAAAGUGCACUUACUUGACGGUCGUAUCAGAGGCUUAUGCCAGUGUCUCAGAUUUAAGUGCCGAUAUUCUUGUCACGAGAUUCUUUGGUCUCUUUUUCAUGUUCUAUCAAAUGGCACAAGUCUGGGGAAAUCUCAUUUCAUCAGCAGUUUUAUCAUAUGGAAUGGAGGUAAAGGAAACGGAGAAUAUAUUAAAUAGUACGGUGGUAUCAGAAAUUUGUGGCGCACAAUUUUGUGGGAUUGUCGAGGCGAAUCCAAAUUUAGAAGCUCCAGCAUCCGAGAGGAUUUGGAUGAUUUCCGGAAUUUAUUUAGGAUGCAUGAUAGUAGCAUGUCUCAUCGUUGCAUUUGGCGUGGAUUCCAUGUCUAGGUACGAUAGGGGUAGAAAGGGGUCAACAAGUGGAACGACUGGUUUAAAACUGUUGGCAGUAACACUAAAAUUAUUGAAAGAGAAAAGUCAAUUAUUAAUUUUGCCACUGACUGUAUUCAUAGGAGCCGAACAGGCCUUUCUCUUCGCUGAUUACACUGCUUCGUUUGUUUCCUGCGCCUGGGGUAUUAAUAAUAUUGGAUAUGUGAUGAUAUGCUUUGGUGUGACUAACGCCAUUGCAGCAUUGGCCACUGGUUCAAUAAUGAAACUGACGGGAAGAAUUCCCGUAAUGAUCUUCGCUUUUUUUCUCCAUAUGGGAAUUCUCAUUGCCUUGAUCCUUUGGAAACCUUCGCCCGAACAAGGCACCAUAUUCUUUGUUAUAUCCGGUCUCUGGGGAAUUUGCGAUUCAAUUUGGCUGGUUCAAGUCAAUGCGCUUUGCGGCUUGCUAUUUCCAAAUAAGGAAGAAGCCGCGUAUUCAAACUUCCGACUGUGGGAGGCAACAGGAUCUGUUAUCGCCUAUGCGUACAAUCCUUAUCUUUGUACUGUUAAGAAAAUUUAUAUACUUAUGUUUAUACUCUGUGUUGGUAUGAUUGGUUAUGGCGUAAUUGAAAAAACAGGACAAGUGAGGAGAAUUAGUAAAGAUCAAAAUAAACCCGAUUUUGAACUUGUUGCAUCCUUAGAUAAGUAAGAUUUUUGGAUUUAUCUAAAAAUCUCUUGAGAAUUUGGAAAAUUUUUUUAACCACGUUCUUUUAAUUUUAUCACUUGUUUUUUAAUGAGCGAAAAUUUUCUUAUCUUUCAACAAACAGUAUUAAAAAGAUUCAUUAAUUUUUAAAGUAUCAAAUUAUUGUAAAUAAUAUUGUAGUUGUUAGUUUUUGUAAAUGUUAAGUUUUUAAAUAUUAGGUAAAUUUACAAAAUAAAUAAAUAAAAUAAAGAACUAGAAAUUUAAAGUAAAUAAAAUAAAAAAAUAAACUAAACUAUUUUAUGUAUGUAAAUCGUGAUAAAAAUCAUAAUUAAUUAUUUUAUUACAAAAUACUCUGUUUAUAAGUAUUCAGUAUGUUUACACUUUUUAUAAUAAUUAAAAUUAAAACAAUUACAAAGAUCAUGCGAACAAUUAAAAAUUUUGAUAAAAAAAACGUAUUUAGUGAAAGACUUAACAAGAGAACAUGAGGAAAUGAACCAAGGCAAACUAUGUAAAUUUUAUUGUACAUAAUAUAUUUUUCAAUAAAAAGAAAGACAAUAAUUUAAAGUUAA